AUGGAUGUUACCUUUGAUGAACGAUCUAUAGUAGUUUUGUCUAAAGAUACGAUGCCAGAUGAUGAUGAUGUUGGAAAAACCUCAAAUACUCAAGUGGUGGAGAUAGAGUCUAAAUACCAACAAAUAGAUUCUAAUAAUGUUCAGGUGGAGCAUCCUAAUACUACUCGAGAUGAUACAGAGGAUGAACUUGAUCAUGAGGAGAUUCAGCGAGAAAAUGCACAUUGGAGGAUGAUGAGCCGGCCACCUUCAAACAUACUAUCAAAGACAAAGAUAGAGAAAGUUGGUUGGUCGCCAUGGAAGGUGGUUCCGUUGACCGUAGGAAACACUGCAAUUGGUUGUAAAUGGGUGUAUAAAAAAAAGAAGAUCCUAUUAAGUCAGAUGGGUGAUCUAGAGUUGGAACAGCUAAAUGUAAAGACAGCUUUCUUGCAUUGUGACUUUGAGGAAGAAAUUUACAUGUAUCAACUUGAGGGUUUCAAGGUUGAGGGUAAAGAAAAUCAGAAUCCAAAACCUCCUCCUUUUUCUUCUUCUUACUUCAUCUUCCAACCCCUUUUCGCUAAUUCACAUAAUCUCUCUCUCUCUCUCUCUCUCUCUCUCUCUCCAAUGGCUUCCAUUCCCACCCUUUCCUCUUCUUCUAUACCUUCAAUCUCUCCUAAUAAUGUUUCAAACCCCACCAACAACAACAAUAAUCUACACUUCACCUCUCUCUUCGGAACCAGAAUCACCAUUCAUCGCCUCUCUCCAAUCCCUCCAUUCCCCUCAGUGAGUUGCCGCACCCGUGCCACCACUGCAACGGUGUCCUUUAGUCUUCCCACCACGAAACCCAAGGCGGAUACAAUUGACAAAACGCCACAGUGGUCGGCGAGGUCUAUAAAGUCUUUUGCUAUGGCAGAAUUGGAAGCCAGGAAGCUGAAGUAUCCCAACACAGGAACCGAAGCGCUUCUCAUGGGGAUUUGCGCUACAUUUUGUAUUCUUUUAGGAACAAGUAAAGCUGCAAAAUUCUUGAGAGCCAAUGGAAUUUCUCUUUUCAAAGUACGGGAAGAAACAGUAGAGCUACUUGGGAAAUCUGACCUGUAUUUCUUUAGCCCUGAGCAUCCUCCAUUGACCGAACCAGCUCAGAAAGCCCUUGACUGGGCUGUGGAUGAGAAAUUGAAGUCAGGUGAUGGAGGCGAAAUAACCGUGACUCAUUUACUUCUUGGAGUUUGGGCCCAAGAAGGAUCAGCAGGUCGCCAGAUCUUGUCCACUUUAGGUUUCAAUGAUGAAAAAGCCAAAGAACUUGCCAAAGAAAUUAAUGAAGAUGUUGAUUUGAGCUUUAAGAAGCAAGCUUGAGAAAUUCCUUGAAAGUAGAUUGAUAGCUUUUGAUCCCUGGCAUUGCAAGUUCCUUGAGAAAAUUAACUGUACUCUCCUUUGUUACAAGUUCCUGCAUUGAUGUGCUUGACAUGUAUGUCAAAUACUGUUGUACACUAAUUGGAGAUGAUGCUUUUUCUCAUUCUUUUUUGUUUCAAGUUUUGAGGAGGUCAAAAUUUUAAGUAGCUUUUUAUGGCUUAAUCUUAGUCUCACACUGCUUUACAUUUCCUUGUAAGUUGUAACAACUUUUUGAAUUUUAGUUCUAUUAUUUUAUACCUUUUUCCUUA